UUACACGCACAGUGAACUCGUGUUGUGUCGUGUUGUUUUCAUCCAUGGAUCAAACACAGUCCACGAGCAGCCUGGCCAGAUAUCUGGAUGGAGAAUUCUGGGAGAUUAAAGAAGCAUUGCGGGAAGAGAUUUCAAAGUGUGAACUGUUUCAGUCCAGCAGUUAUGAACUGACUCUGGAGCAAAAUAGAGACCUGACUGCAGAAAGACUGUAUUAUAUCAUCAAACUGCCACUGAUGAGAGAACACCUCAAAAAUCAGCUUAAAGAAAAACAAAAAGGUUUCAUAGCUAAGAGUCUGGGAAUCACUGAACUCAUCUGCUCAGCAGACAUGGCCACUGGAGUCAAGCUCGGUGUUGUGUGUGGACUGUAUGGCGGUGCUGUCACUAAUCUAGGCAGCCCAGAGCAGAAGGUGAAAUUGUAUCAGCCUGUUUCUGAGUUGCAGUUUACAGGCAUGUUUGCAAUGACUGAGAGAGGCCACGGUAGCAACGUACGGGGCAUUCUUACCGAGGCCCGAUACCAUGAAUCCACCCAGGAGUUUAUUAUCCACACACCUUCUGAAGAUGCUCAGAAAAUGUACAUCGGAAACGCAAUGAAAGGAAACUAUGCUGCCGUAUUUGCUCAACUCAUUAUAAAUGGAGAAUAUCAUGGUCCCCACUGUUUUAUUGUACCAAUCCGUGAUCAGAAUGGAGUCAUGUGGCCGGGAGUGACAGCGACUGACAUGAAGCACAAGGAAGGUCUGCAUGGGGUCGACAACGGCAUCUUGAUAUUUGAUAAUGUACGGAUACCACGGGAAAAUCUGCUGAGAAAGUUUGGCUCCGUAUCAGCGGAUGGUGUUUACUCGUCUCCUAUCAUCAGUAGAAGCAGUCGUUUCAAUGCUAUGCUCGCUGCCUUGACACCCACCCGCCUUGGUCUCGCCGUACAGGGCUUGGCUGCGAUGAAGUUGGGACUCAUCAUAGCAGUACGCUACAGUCACAGUCGCAGACAGUUUGGUCCCAAGGACCAGGAAGAGGUGAAGAUCAUUGAGCACCAAACGCAGCACCUGAGACUGAUGCCACACCUGGCUGCUGCCCUUGCUCUUACCUUCACCACAAGAUAUGCAGCAGUUUUGAUGGAUGAUGCGUUGUGUCAGGGUCACGACCUUCAAAGCAACCGCGCUCUGCAAGCGCUCGUCACUGGACUGAAAGCCUACAGCACGUGGGAAAACCUUGCGUGUUUGCAAGACUGCCGUGAGUGUACCGGCGGGAUGGGCUAUAUGAUGGAAAACCGAAUUCCUUCUCUGAAGUGCGAUUCCGACGUCUUCGUCACAUUUGAGGGCGACAACAUGGUGAUGCUCCAGGUGGUGGUACGAGAGCUGCUGACUCAGCACACCAAACAGAUGGCGGACAACAUGGUAAUGGGACUGAUCCGAAACUGGGCCAGCUCAGCCACAGACAGCCUCAGAACCAGCUUUCUUGGCUUCGGCGUGGACAAAGUUGGAGACCUGAUGUUCUUGCUGAAGGCUGUGAGCUACAGGGAAAGGGUGUUACAACGCAGUCUUGCAAGUCGACUUUAUGCUAAGGUAGAAAAAAACAAAGUUGAGUUUUUCAAGGCCUGGAACUCUUGUCUACAUCAUGUGACCACUUUGGCGAUGGCACACAUACAUAGAGUGACAUUGGAACAGUUCGCUCUGGCCGUUCAAGAAUGCCAAGUCAACGGCGACCGUGCCCUGCUAACCAAGUUCUGCCUGCUUCAUGGCACUUUUCUGGUGUACCAGGAGAGAGCGUGGUAUCUGGAGCACAACUACCUGACGCCCAGUACCAGCAGACAGAUCCGCGGCCAGAAGAAAGUAAGUCACACAUCUGAGAUGACAUGAGGGUGAGUAAAUUAGAGAGUUUUCAUCUUUGGCUGAACUAUCCCUUUAAAAAAAAUAGGUUUGUCUUGACUAAAACCAGUUAAUUUACAUAUUCACUUGAGGUAGAAUCAAAGCUUGCUGAUUUUCAGUCAAACAGCACUUGUGUGAUAUUCCUUAAAUGUUACUGUUGUGUGAUUGCUCCAUU